CAUUCACCCGGAAGCUUUAGAAAUCGUACAUUAUUUGUCAACAAUAGCUCGUCUCUUGUGUUUUGAUCACAUUUCAGUCGUUAAACUCGGAAUUGUGACUUUAAUAAAGCAACGUUUUAUAAAUGUAGAUUGCACGCGGCAGUCGCAGUCAUGAACGGGAGCUCUAAUCCUCUCCUGGAUAAAGAGGAGCACGUUUUAAAGCUCGGAGAGAGCUUUGAGAAGAGACCCAAAUCCUCCUUCCACACAAUCAGAUAUGAUUUUAAACCAGCAUCCAUCGACACCUCCUGUGAAGGGGAGCUGCAGGUGGGGAAAGGAGAUGAGGUCACCAUUACGUUGCCUCACAUACCAGGCUCCACGCCUCCCAUGACAGUAUUCAAAGGCAACAAAAGGCCCUAUCAGAAAGACUGUGUUCUGAUCAUCAAUCAUGACACUGGAGAAUAUAUGCUGGAGAAGCUGAGCAGCAGCAUUCAAGUCAAGAAAACGAGAGCUGAGGGCAGCAGUAAGAUCCAGGCUCGGAUAGAGCAACAGUCAGUGAGAGCCACUCAGCCUCCCUCACAGUUCCGCACGCCUACCAAGCCGAGCACAGGGGCCAAAACAUCCCCCACUAAAGACAACCCCUCCCCUGAGCCCCAGCUGGAUGACAUCAAAAGAGAACUGCGAGCAGAGGUGGAGGUUAUAGAGCAGAUGAGCAGCAGCGGCAGCAGUAGCUCCUCAGACUCGGGCAGCUGUUCGGGCAGCGGGGACGACAGCUCCAGCAGCGACGGAGAGCAGGACACCCAUAAUCCUCAUGGCCACACCCACCUCUCCCCCAGCCGAGACCCUCUGGCCAACGGCACGGACAAAGCGCAGGGCAGCAACCAGCUAAUGAACACACUCAGGAAUGAUCUGCAGCUGAGUGAAUCGGGAAGCGACAGUGACGAUGAUUGACGGCUGCCCUUCAUCACUCGCCCAGCGUGGAUCUCUGUCUCUUUCUUUCUAAGCGCUGUGUCCUGCUCUCUGUCAGCUGCCCUCCUUUUGCAUUUUUGAGCUGUCAGCCCUUUUGCAGUGUUUAGUCUUCGUAUGUUUUUCCCAUAUCUCCUCAAAGUUCAUAGAGUGUAUUUUUUAUUAGAUGUAUAUUUUAAGGUUCUAGUGCAGAGUUGGAACAUAUAAGUAGGUGUAAAAAAUCUUAGCAUAGAGUUGUCUGCAAAAAACUUGGACAACCCCGGGCCACAUCACACAUUGUGUUGAUUUUUAAAGUGAAAGGAAGUAAACGUAACCUCUGCAGCAAACUAUUUAAAAAAUUACGUUUUUCUGCAAAAGUCAAUGUCUGAAUUGUGCAAAACAACAUUAUAUAAGUCAGAGGCAUUUUGUAAGCAAGUGCUGUGGAAAAUUGGAAAUCUUUGACCAAAUGUAUGUUUGGAGAAAACAGGAACAGCAUAUGAUGAAAGAAACACCUUGCCAACUGCAAAGCACGGGGGUAUAUCUAUUAUGCUUUGGGGUUGUUUGGCAGCCAGUAGCACAGGAAACAUUGCAUGGAUAGAUAGAAGAAAUGGAUCCAUUAAAUAUCAGCAAAUUCUGGAAGCAAAUGUGACAGUCAGUCAAGAAACUGAAAAGCUAAAAAGAGGCUGGCUUCUACAGCAGGACAGUGAUCCAAAAUAUACCUCAAAAUCCACCAUGAACUACUCCAAGAAAUGCAACCUGAAGCUUUUAGAAUGACCCUCAAAGUCCCCUGACUUGAAUAUCAUUAAAAAUCUGUGGUGUUCUGUGCUCUCUGAAAGAAAGAAUGGGUGAAAAUUCUUAAAACAAAAACAGAAAGUCUCCUAGCUGGCGACAAAAAGCAUUUGCGAUCUGUGGAAUCUGCCAAAAGGGAAUGUUAUGUACUGACGUAGUAGGGCGUUUAAACUUUUGCACAUGCCAUAAUUACUAUUUUUCUACUUUUUAAUUUAAGUAACUGUGAAUUAACAUUUGCUGUAGAGGAUGUUGUUUCUUCUUUUCACAAAAAUCAACAACAUAUGUAAUUUGGCCAGGGGUGCCUAAACUUUUGCAUACAACUAUACUUAUUCAAAAAGAAAUGUGUUAAUUUAUAUGCAGUGUUUUCAUGAAGUAAAAUUUAAGCUACUAGAAUGUUGCCAAGUUGGAAUCAUUUGGCAAGAAGGUCAUAUGGCAUGUCACUUACUCUCUACGGAGGUUUUACUGAAGCAGACAGAAACCAGUGUUGUCUGUUAGAUGAAAUGAAAAACUAAAUUCUGAGCUGGUGAACAGAUUUUAGCCUAAAUGUAGCUUUUAGCCAGUAUACAGAUUUUAGCCUAAAUGACUGUAGUAAAUGUAAACUGAAAAUUUACUUUACGAUUCAAAUGCUGAAAUUUCUAAUGCUUAUUGCUCAUUCUGUGAUGCAGCAUCUUGAAAUUGAAUUUUCUUUAUUGCCUAAAUUGCUAAUAAUUAAAGAGCAAUAAGCAGCUGUUUG